UGAGUUGCUAUAAAUGAGGGCGGAGCAUUGUGAUUUGCCAUUUUGUCAGUGAAAAAUUAUUGUUAAAUCUGGUUAUCGUUCCUGUUGCAGGGAAGGGAUCAGAUCCAGCAGCAUUCCCACUGAUAGAAACUCCAAACACAAAUUAAGGUUUUUUUGAUCUCUCAUUCAUUCUCAGUGCUGUGGAAGACGGUGGUCUGCAACUGCCACUUGUAAGCACUGCCCCCACCCUACUGAAAAGGAUUCCUCUUUCUUGGACACUCACUUUGUAUCAGGUACAUUCGAAAGAAGUUAAAUUUGGUGGGUGAGGAAUUUCCAGCAUGUUCAGGUUAUCUCCCCGGAGGAGUCAAAGAUCCAAAGGCGGCUUCAAGGUGAAGCAUGCUCUACAGUUAUGUGUUCUGCUUGGCGUUUGUAUCUGGCUAGUCUACCAAAUCAAACACUCUAAUGACAAGAAAUCAUCCUUUGUUGAAAGCACGAAGACUGGCGGUGAGAUUAUCAAGUUGGGGAGGAAGGACCUUCAUCCUGGCGUGGAGAAAACUCCAGUGGUAGAUGCAAGGCACAAGGAGGAGGAGGAGGAUGAACAACAAGAAAACAAGCACGAAGAGGUAAACAAACUGGAUGACGUUAAUGGUGUAGAAGAUGAGGCCCUGAAGCAUGAUGAGCAAAAUAACAAUGAAGAGAAUUCUGAGCACAGACAGGAUUCAGUAGACCAAGAAACUGAAGAAAAUUCUGAAAUUGCUAGGACAGAAGGGGAAGCCGAACAUCAUAAUGAACAAUUUUUUGGAGAGAAUGAAAAUAUGGACAACAAAGAGAGUGAGAGUACAUUGAAGGAUAAUGAGGAGAACAAUAGUGAAACGGAGGACAAAGAAACCGGAGAAGUUAAAGAAGAAAAGAAUGAACCGGAGAAUGACAAUAUGGAUAACAAUGAGAAUGACAAUACAAUGAAGGAGAAUGAAGAGAACAAAAGCGAAGGGGAGAACAAUGAAACUGGAGACACUGACGAAGAGAAAAGUCAGCAAGCUAAUGAAGAGACAGAGAAUAAAGAUAAGGAGAAUGAAGAGGUGAAACAGAAUGAAACUGAAGAGAAGGAGGAGGGAGAUCAUGAGCAAGAUAGUAAAGAAAUGACAGAUGAGAACAACAAUGGAGAAACUGGGGGAGAAGAGAAAGACAAAAUUCAGGAAGAGAUUACAUCUAAAGAUCAGGAUCAGGAUGGGGGCAAAAGUGAGGAGGAGCAUAGAGAGGAAAAUUAUGCUGGAGAUAAUGCUUCUAGUGCUGUAGACCAUAAACCGCAAGACACUGAUGAAAAUUCUGAUAAAAAGGAAAACAAUGAGUUCGAGCUAGAGUCUCAGAAGAAUGCUGACAACAAAGAAGGGGCUGAUUCUAGUGUCACAACAAGCAGCCAAGGAAAUGAAAGUGAUGCUGAAAAUCAGGCACAACCAGAGAAUGAGUCACAGAAAAGUUCCACGUCAGAAUCAGAAUGGCCGCAUCAAGAGAAAAAUGACUCCAUAAAGGAUGGUGUCGAUACUCUAGAUUCAUCACUGCAGAAUGGGAUUGACACAUCAUCUCAGAAUACUGAAGCAUCAGAAAAUGAAAACAACUCCAAAGUAGAGGACUCCAACAUGCAGAAUGCAACACCAAAAGUCGAAGAUUCUUCUUCUUCUAACUCAGAAGAAGCGUGGAAGAAAGCUGAAACACACGACAGCAAUGCAAGCGAUGGUGAAUACAAGGACACAACAAGUAAUAUUGCUCAGAAUGAAAACCCAAGCAACAGUUCUGUCCAAGAAGGAAAGCAGGAAAAUGUUGCAUCAUCUGAUACUUCCUCAGAUCAAAAGAAAGAUGAAGCCGCAAAUGUAGAAAGUAAUACAUAUUCUACGCAGAAUGACAAUGCUGAUCAAACCAACGCAAACAGUGAUGGAAGUGCUAAUGACAACAAAGAUUCUAGCCAGUCUGAUUCUUCAUCAGAGCAAAACAAAGAGGGAUCGUCGAACUCGGAUGACAGCAGUACUAGCCAGUCUGGCACUUCAUCUGAGAAAAACAAAGAGGAAUCCUCAAACUCAGAUAACAGCAAUGAUUCUAACCGGUCUGACACUUCAUCUGAGCAAAAAAAAGAUGAAUCCUCAAACUCAGAUAAUAGCAAUGGUUCUAACCGGUCUGACACUUCAUAUGGGCAAAACAAAGAGGGAUCCUCUAACUCAGAUAACGGCAAUGAUGCUAGCCUGUCUGACACUUCAUCUGAGCAAAACAAAGAGGGAUCCGCAAACUCAGAUAACAGCAAUGAUGCUAGCCAGUCUCAAACUUCUUCUGAGCAAAACAAAAAUGAAACCUCAAACUCAGAUAACGGCAGUGAUUCUAACGAGAAUGCCUCUAAACACAACGAAAAUCAAAAUGACAAUGGGAAUCAUAAUGGUGAAGCACAAGACAAUACUUCGGGUUCAUCCACUCAGGAAGAGAAAGAUACAUCUUCAAAUAACAAUGCUGAUGCUGGGCAGGGUGAGAAUGAUAACACAGUUCAGAGCAAGACUAGUGAAAAUGAAGAUGGUGCUCAAAACAAAACAGUGGAGUCACAAAAGGAGGAGGAAUCUGCACACUUCAACGGAGACAGCAAUUCUAACAUGAAUGAUCAAGGAAGUUCUGAUCAUUCUAUCACUCAUGAGGAUAAAGAAUCUCGCGUGGAUUUGCCACAAUCUCAUGAAGAAAGCAAUCAUAUUAAGGAUACUGCAGCACAGUGAUAAUUCUAAUAGUUUAAUUGUAUGCAGCUUCUUUCGGUCCUACUUCUUUUUCGAAUUUUGUUGAGUUUCUUUAGUUGGUUAUUAUGAUGUCAAGCUUUUUUGUUUUCAAAGUCAGAUUAAGAAUUUAGAAAGACCUACAGCUUUCUUUGUAUAAAUUAUUCUCUAUUCUUCAUAUGUAACCUGAACGCUUCAAUGGAAACAAUAAUUAUCAAGUUAAAAA